AUAUAGUGAAUGCAGGGUCCGGGGAGAGCGGAUAUAGUGAAUGUAGGGUCCGGGGAGACCAGAUAUAGUGAAUGCAGGGUCCGGGGAGACCAGAUAUAGUGAAUGCAGGGUCCUGGGAGACCAGACAUAGUGAAUUCAGGGUCCGGGGAGACCAGAUAUAGUGAAUGCAGGGUCCGGGGAGACCGGAUAUAGUGACUGCAGGGUCCUGGGAGACCAGACAUAGUGAAUGCAGGGUCCAGGAGAGACCAGAUAUAGUGAAUGCAGGGUCCGGGAGACCAGAUAUAGUGAAUGCAGGGUCCGGGGAGACCAGAUAUAGUGGAUGCAGGGUCCUGGGAGACCGGAUAUAGUGAAUUCAGGGUCCUGGGAGACCAGAUAUAGUGAAUGCAGGGUCCGGGGAGAGCGGAUAUAGUGAAUGCAGGGUCC